CCAGCAGAUAACGAAGCGCGAGGAAAUGGAUAACAUUACCUCAAGUGAAUUGGCUGGAUUUGGUGUGGGUACCCUGCUUCUUUGUGCCACCAUCGCGGCCCCCAAAAUCGAUGCUUUCUUUUCCGCUUCUCAGCGCAGCUCAUUGGGUUUGUGUAAACGAUGUGGCAACUUGAGGAGAAUAGCAUGUUCUAGAUGCAGAGGAACAGGAUCGGUUAGAGAAGGGGCAAUAUUUGCGGUUAAACUUGUAGAGGAUUUGUAUGAAACCCUUGGGAGUAACCCAGGAAAGCAGCAGAAAUUCAAUCAUGUCAGAUCAACUAUCAAGCAGUACAAGAGCUCUGGAUGAAACCAAAAUGCGUAGCCUAGGCAUGAUCCUUCAUUAGAAUGGAACUCUAUAUGAUUCUUCUGUAGCCAUAAGUUGGAAUAAAUUAUGAUGACUGUGUAAUGAGAUACAUUAGGCAAUUCAGGAAAACUUGGAAAUUGGCUUUCUGCUAUGUAGAUAUCUGAGUGAGAGGAUGAAGCAAAAUGCAGAUCAAGUAAAACGGCGAGGGAAGAAAUAAUUGUAUGAUGUUACAUUAUGGUGGUUUUAGUUUUUGAGAACAAUAACUUGUAAGAGAAACAUUGGUCGCUCAAAUUCUGAGCGGAAAGGUUCCAAUCAGUGAGAGAUAUUAAAAUCAGUGAGCUGUGAUGCGCAGAAAAGGGAUGGGAGCCAUAGUUUUCUGAAAGAGCAACACAGCUCUAUACGAGAGGCUAAUGUUCUGAUGCGGUUGGCAAUUUUAAGAAAAGUGCAAAAUCUGUGAAUAA